AUGACAUCUGACACCAAGAUCCUCCUCACCGGUGCAACAGGCUUCAUCGGGGGCAGUGUCCUUACUGCCCUGCUCCAGUCGUCUGCGUCGUCGCUCCAAUCCGGCCCUAUAACGUGCCUGCUGCGAGGUGCCGACCGCGCAGCUCUCCUUACCUCCACCUACGGCGAGCGCGUCAAGCCCGUCCUCUACGGUGGCCUCGAUGACCUGAAGACUACCACCGCCGUGGCCGCACAGCACGACGUCGUCAUCAACACCACCUUAGGCUAUCACUCACCAUCCACGAAGGCGCUCCUCCGCGGCCUGGCGCAGCGGAAGGCCCAAACCCGCCGUGACGUCUGGAUGAUCCACACGUCGGGUACAUCCAACAUCGGCGACAAGCCAAUCACCAACCCCGUUGGAGUGAGGGAGUUCGACGAUCUGGUCGACGAUGUAUACGCCCACGAGAAGGCGCUCGAGGCGGCAGAGCCCUACGCGCAACGGACUACCGAGCUGGGUGUUAUCGACACGGGUCUCGAGCUGGGUGUUAAGACACUUGUAAUUAUGAGUCCUAUUAUCUACGGAAACGGCACUGGCUUGUUUAACAGGAUUAGUAUCCACACCGAGUACAUGAAAGCGAUGCUUCAGAUGGGACAUUCGGUAGUGGUGGGUGACGGGACAGGUGUAUGGGACCACGUUCACAUUGAGGAUCUAGCUGACUUGUACCGGCGCGUUGUGCUUGAUGUUCUGGAGCGGGAAGGGGAGACCCUACCCUCUGGGAAGAAGGGGAUCAUGUUCAGCGCCAAUGGACGGCAUUCGUGGCUGGAGUAUUCGCAGCUGGUGGCAGAUGCUUGCUACGAACGGGGUCUUAUAUCGGGGAAGAAGGUCGUCCAUCUUAGCUUAGAAGAAGCCGCAGCCACUCUAAUACCGCGUCUCAGGGUUGCUAAGGAGGUAUUUGCGGAGGACGAUUGGAAAUCGGCGGCGGAGGGGUUCUGCAGUAACGAGAUGACGGCCGCUAAUGUUGCCCGGACUCUUGGGUGGAAUCCGGUAAAGGGAAACGAGGCCUGGAAGCAGGCGUUUCGGGAUGAUGUGGACAGCAUCGUCAAGGCUAAGAGGUAA